AUGGAUGAAGCCGGAAGUAGGACGGUACCUAUGCAGGUGUUGGCUCUGGGUAUGUCACGCAGUGGGACCGAGAGCAUACGCAAAGCACUCGAGGAGAUGGGGUACCUCCGUACCUACCAUGGCGUUCAAGAUCUCCUGGCUGGCAAGGACGGAUUCACAUGGGCUCAACUCGCUGAACGCAAGUACGGAAAGAACCCGCAACCGAUUACACGUGAACACUUCUAUCGUAUUCUUGGGGACUGUGCAGCCGUCACAGACAUGCCAUGCUGUGCUUUCUGGUCUGAACUCAUGGACGCCUAUCCACAAGCCAAAAUCCUCCUGGUGGAGCGAGACGUUGAAGAAUGGUUUCGUAGCUUCGAGACGGUCAUUCUGAAGGAAGUCUUCUCGUGGAAAAGGGAUGUCAUUGCGUUUGCAAUCCGCGUGGGCUUGUUCCCACCCAAUCCUAACAUUUUCAUCAACGGCCUCUUUCUCAACUACUUCCAGGCGAGGAAUACGUCGGAACUGGCGAGGAACGCGAGGUCGGUGUAUAUGCAGCAUUAUGAUGCUAUCGAAGCGAGAGCCAAGUUGGAGGGAAGGCCGGUGUUGAGGAUGCGGUUGGAGGAAGGGUGGGGACCUAUGUGUGAGUUUCUGGGCAAGCAACAACCGUCAGGACAUGAGGGAGGAGCAUUGCCCAAGGGGAACGAAGGAUACAAGACAGCGGCCAACACUCGAAUGCAUCAGAACCGAGCCAUGCGGUUUCUCGCGUUGAUUGUCGCGAAGAGCCUGGCGAAGGUGGGAGCUGGUGUCGCGGUCGCGGUCUUGCUUGUGAUGGUUUCCGCAAAGACUAUGCAUAGAGCGUAG